AUACUCCCAAUCCACCCACACAGCAUUACUCUCUCCUUCUAUAAGCCAUCCACUUCUCAUCCUAGAAAAGUCUGCGACUUUCCGUUCUUAUUACUACUCGAUCCACUUCUCAGCCCACACAAGUCUGCGACUUUCCAUUCUUAUUACUACUCUCUAUUCAAAAUGCACUGCAACAUCGCUCUCAUCGCCGCCUUCAUCGCCGUGGCUCUGGCAGCCCCGACGAGCAUCCAAGGCCGCGUGGGUACCGUCCAGCCAGGCCAGGCCUUCGUACCAGAGAAGAAACGUCAGCUCGAUGCCCUCACCGGCGGCCUCCUGGGAGGCACAGGCGGGGCUGGUGGGGCCGGUGGCCUUGAUGCCCUGACCGGUCUUCUACAAGGUGGCGCUACUGCGGCAGCAGGAGCUGGACUCCCCGGUGCCCUCAAUCCCUUGGCUAGCUUCCUCCCAGCUUCCGGCGGCGCGAAUGGUCUUGAGGGUACUGUGGCCAGUGGCGUCGAUGCUGCCCAGGGCGCCCUUAAGAACCUUGGAAUCCCUCUGUAGUUUUGGAGGCAGAUCGGCGUCGUCGACCAACAUCUGUCACUCAAAUCGGCAUGUUCGUUGUUGUACUAGGAGGCUCACACCCCUUCCUUAUUUGUAUGUAUAGGACGUUGCUGGAUCUGCAGGGCAGGAAAGCCGAUACCACGGCUGUCAGAGUGAGAAAGACCUAUCUUUCGCCAAAUCGAUCCUGUAUAACCA